GUUUGUGAUAUCAAAGAUUGCUUCCAUAAGCACUUUUUCACUUGCAAGAAAUUUCAGAAAAUAUACAUAAGAGAAAGCGUUGCAACGGUGAUCCUUAAUGGAAAAAUGAGUGAACAGAAUUUAAACACUAUCUUAAAUCGUUUUACUGUUAAUAUUGUUCAGCUUCGUCAACAAAGGAAAACAGAAGCCCUAAACUGUUGGGAGCCUAUCGUGAAAGAAAUCUUAGAAUAUGUGAAAACGAAAGAUGACCGAUUCAGUGCUCUUCAAAUCUUACCUACAGGAAGCUAUUAUGAAAGGGCCAAAGUAAAAGAGCCCGAUGAAUUCGACCUGAUGUUAGUCAUGGAUAAUUUAGAACUGGAUGACGCACCAUUUGAAGAAGACGAUGGCUUCAGCGAGCCACCAAUCGGUAAGAUUAGGCCUGUUUAGACACUGACUUUUCAUGAACAAGACCUUAUUUGAAUUUGGACCGAUUCAAACUCCAAGAAGUGUGCCAGUAAUACAGUUCAAGGAAAUCUUCGUAAAUGUUAUGAUUCAGGAUUUGGUUUGGGAAAUGUAGGGUUCGGUGUCUGAUUCAUGCUAGAGCCGCUUCAAAACCGUUUGAAAUGUGUCCAAAUUCCCCGACCAAGCGCAACGGUAAGAACACUCUAGCCGUUCCAAGUUCAAUUAGCCGCUCUAAAUGAUUCAGAAGCCGAACUUUUAGUUUACCUAACUGAAUAGUUGGAGGCUGAAACCGCAUCUUAGCCAUUCAAAAUUGCAGAGCUUGAUCAAUUCCGCCAUAAGUGCGUUUUGUACGGAAAAAUGUACAAUGUAGAGAUACGUGAUUUAAAAUGGGGGGAAGAACCAUGAUGACUCUGUUAGGACAUCGACAUUAUCACUUACUAAAAAUUCUUGAAAGGAGGUGGAUUUCAAGGGUUACAUCAAGGCUUACAGUUUGUCAAUUUGGCCGACGCCUUGCCCUUAAUGAAACCUUUGGAUUUUCCCAAGAUAAGGAAUUUUUAUGUCUGAUGAUCAGCUAAUGAUAUACAUUUCAAGUCGAGAAAACCAUUUCUGUACCAUCAAGGUAAUACAUAUCAAAAUAAAAAUUAAGUCUACAACCACUAUGUCCUCUCAGCCAUAAGGUUCUUAUCUAAAAGUCCUAUUUUUAAAAAUGUCACCUAACCUCCACCAGAUGAAUAGGGGUCAACUUGUUUUAUUCCUUUCCAGUAUUUCUUCUGUUGUAAGUCCUAUUGUUCAAUAGACCACAACAUUGAUCAAGUGUUAUAAAAUACAAGAGUAUGAUCAAGUUUUCCUUACCUUGCUAUACCAACAAGUCAGGGGGUAUUUCAGUCAAGUUACUUGUUAGAAAGACUAAUUUUGGGUUGUUGCUUCUCACUGCUUGGAAAGAAAUAUAUUGGCAAGCAAGAAGUGACCACUGGAAAUAAGUCAGGUGAAGGAAAAGCAAUAACCAGAAAUACCCAUUCAGGCUGAGUCACGGGCAGAAACUUUUGUUUCCUUCUAAUACAGGAUUUACCACUGUAAUGAUUGACGAGGGUGAAGAAUGGCUUUGGAAGGGAGACAGCUGUGUGAACCAUAGAGGAAUGCUGAAUGCCUCACAGGUUAAAGCAGUUUUUAAAAGGCUUGUGGAUGACGCCAUCAGGAAAAAAAAGCAUUUAAGGUAAAAAAGGGUUGAUUAGUAUAUUAUCUGGACGAGCAAGCAUGUUCCCUAUAUAGGAAAAACAUAAUAAGAGUAACCUAGUGCAAGGGCCAUAUGCAAUAGUGUGAGUGGGACUGGAAACGGCAACAGUCUUAAGUAUGGCCCUGGGAGUGGCAAAAUGCAAGAAGAAAGGAAAAGAGCAGGCAUAUGAUUAAAAUCUCAAAGAACUAUUCAGCAAUUGUAAGUGCUAGAUAGAAUAAUAGUGUUGCACAAGGCUUUUUUAAUAAGGAUGGGCUGACACAGUUUUUACCACGUAGUAUGACUGUCAUACCAUGAGGUUUUGGUAUGGAAAUAAAAUUCACUUGCUCACUCCAUUCUCAUCAAUUCAUGUAUUAAAUGUGAAUUUAACUCAUUUUCCCCUGGCUCCCUUACUAGGUUUGGUUCUGUGCGCAAAGUCUUGUGAUUGUGUUCUGUUCAUGUAUCUGGGGAGGAGGGGAAAGGGGGGAACAUAGGCGUAAAUUUCUCCCUAAGUGCAUGGAGUGAUCAACUUAUUCCAAAAUGGCAUCCAUACCCUAAAAUUAUUAAGGUGGUUUUUCUUUCCUUUGGCUCCACCCUUGAUCAAAACACCAAUGUAGCCCUCUAAAAUGAGAGGAAAUGUGUCAAAGAGUACUCAGUUGGAAAGAAAAGGACUUAGAAACAUAAAAGCAACAAUGACAACAGUCCCAUGAAUUUUUGGAUAGAGAAUUAUUACUGGGUUAGGGAUUUAGGUUAACCAGAACAAGGGUUUGUCUUUAUCUUGCCUACUUUGUGCAGAGGCAGCCACCUUGUUAUACAAUCUAUCAUAACAAAAUGUUUUAAAGGAUCAUAGUGGGAAAUAAUGGCUAGCCGAAAAAGUAACCUGAUACUCUAAUAAUUCUGAAAUUUAGGAAUGUUGCUGUUAAGUCUGAAGGCCCAGCAGUGACCUUGAAAAUAACUAGCACAAAUGGAAUAGAAUAUUCUAUUGAUUUGACACUUGCCAUCAAGGAGAAAACCUGGCCAGAAGAAGCUGAAGAAUGGAAAACAAGGCGCAGAGCUGGUAAUAUCACUAUUGACACCUUAACUUACCUAAUGGCCAUAAAGUUCAGGAAUCAGCAAACUUUUCUAUACCAAUUAUUUGUCAACUACUUGCACUUAUUGCUGUCUAACAUUCAAAAUGGUUGAAAAAAAAUUAUUUCUAUCAUAGAAAUAAACUAACAAAAUAUAAUCUGAAAAGUUUUGUUGAAGCACUUAAUGAAUUUUCAUUGGCAUGGAAAGACAGUUAUUUAAACAUGCACUGAAAUCACUUAAAUGUGAAAGAAACACUAACAUCUACAGAGAUUAUUUUAUUAAAAUAUACAGGGCAGUGCUUCUUAGUUAUUGGUUCACAAUAUUUAACACAAAAUAUUUUGUGAAAGAUUGUAUUAUUCUAGCUGUAUGUUAUUUUUCAGUAAAGUUUUUAACAUUGGCUUUUUUUUUACUUAUGAAAAGGUUGGCCCAAUAACAAUCUUGUGAGAGAAAUUUGCAGAGAGGGAUGUCAUCUGGUAGGUAAGCAACCAAAGGGUCACAACAUUGCUAACAAAGAGAAAGGAUUCCUGUGGCGUUAUUCCUUCUCAGCAGCUGAAAAGAGGCUAUUCCUUCAAGGUGGGCAAGGUGAAGCCAACUCUUGCCGAAAGAAAGUUCUCCGAAUAGUGAAGGCUCUUCGAGAAGAACUUAACCUGAAGCCAUUGAAGUCAUAUCAUCUAAAAACACUCUUACUCUAUGAGUGCGAGUCCCACCCUCAUGCCUCAGAGUGGAGAGAUACCUUGGAUGUUCGAUUCAUGGGCCUUCUUAAGAGGUUGGAAAAGUGUCUACGCUCAAAGAGUUGUGCCCAUUAUUUUAUUGAAGGUUUAAAUUUGUUUGAAUCAUUCAACCACCAAGAAUGCCAGGAAUUGGCUAAUAGAGUGAGGGAAAUUAUAAGCAAACCAGUACAAGUGCUAACCAAACUCCUUUGGAAAUACCAAAUGGCAUGA